AUGGCCAUUAAAGUGCCCCCCGGCCAGUCACCGCCUUUCGAGACAAUAGACGACAGGCAUCAUGCCGGUAUUAUUAUCAUUACCGCUGCCAUAUGCCUAGUGAUUUCGCUGGUCUGUCUGCUGAUCCGGGUGUAUGUGCGGACAUUCCUCAGUCCACCGUGGGGAUCAGACGAUAUCAUCCUUUUGGGAGCGACCAUAUCCGCAAUUAUCGAGUCAAUAGUCAUCUUCCACGCCGCGAGCAUCGGCUUUGGGACGGACAUAUUGCUACUCACCGAGAAGGCCGUUGAUCGCAUACAAAAUUCCCUCCUCGCCGCCGACAUCCUCUACCUCAUAACCCUGUACCUCUCCAAAUGCUGCAUCAUUGCCAUCUACUUGCGCCUGACGCCCCGCAAGCACCACAAGAGUAUUCUCUGGGCGACGUUCGUGCUUAGCACAGUGGGGAUUAUAGUAUCGAUACUGCUUAUCGCAGUGAACUGCGAGGGAAACAAGCCGUGGGUUAUACCUGGCGAGCAAUGCCAUAACCUGUUCCCCCGCUGGCAAGCAAUCACCGCGCUCGACAUUUUGACCGAACUAUUACUUUUUGCCUUCUGUAUCGCCCUAAUCUGGGGUCUGCAGAUGCAAAUCACACAUAAAAUCGUGAUUAUGGUGUCCUUCGCGGCGAGGCUACCAUUAAUAGUAUUCUCCGCCAUCCAUCUCGCCAAACUGAAGGAAUACACAAUCGUGAAAAACCCCACCUUCACCGCAAUCAGCCACACAGUCUUCACCCAGCUCCACCUCAACUACGCCCUGAUAGCAUGCACGGUAUUCUGUCUGCGCCCCUUCAUGAAUGCCCUCAGUACCCACUACGGCACGGCCGGCGACUCAAACCUUGGUAGUAGCAGCGGCGGCUAUGGAUACGGUUCUGGGUCUAGGAGACGUGUAAAUACAGACCCCUACGCUUCUGGGCGGUCGCGGGAUUACGAGAUGGGCAAUGUAAAGGGAAGACCCUCCCGUCAGGUGAGUGGUUUGUUCAAGGAGAGGCCGCACUUGGGCGAUGGGACGGAGAAUAGGACGGUCGUUUGUGAGGCUUCAGGGCCGUCGCAUUCUGGGGAGGGGAGGUCCGAGGAGGACAGGAGCAGUGAGCGUAGUGGCAGCGAUGUGAGUACGAGGAUGAUUAUUCGGAAGGAUGUCGAGUAUACUGUUUCUGUGGAACGGUAA